UUUUUGACUCGACUCGUAACAACUUACCUGCCACAAAAUCGGUAGCUAUCGUUGAAACUCGUUAUAUAUCCGCAGUUGUACGAAGAAUCGUUCGACUCGUCGCGUUCGUAUCAGCGAGCGGUCGUUCCGUUCGGUGGACAGCUUCCCCGCCCCCGUCGCCGUCGCCGUCACCGUCGAUGCUCUUCCGCCGCGCCGCGCCGGCUAGUAAACCUUCCCCGAGCCCCGAGCCUUCCCCGAACCAGAGCCUUCUCCGCCUCUUCGUUCUCCCACACUGCCACUACCCUCACUACCGUCAACGCUUCCACUUCCACUUCCACUUGUAUUCUUCGCUACUAUAUUCAACUAUGCUAUAAUGUACCUUCCUUCUUCCUUCUUCCCUCUUCCUUUACCGUAAUCGUUCACUUCGUACACUCGUGGUUUUUAACCUAUAUACCGUUACGAUGAUUUUCAACGUUAUUUCCCGUACUCACGGUUCUCGUACUUGCUCUUUCUUCAUAAAAAACAAAGACAACAUUACGCGACAACUUUAGAAUUCCAUGAUCUCGCUUCCGGUUCUUGUAACGUCUUUUCGUUUCUUCUCUUUCCUAAAAUCUUGACCAGUUUCUUCUUUUAUUAAACUAUAGAACACAUAUGUAUAUGUAUCGUAAUACUAACAGCACGGGUGAAUGGGAAUGAUGAUUGCACAUUAUGGCGCAACCGAUUCGCUACAUUUUUCGAGCGAUCAAACGAGAGAUCGUUCCUCGUCUGAAUCGUGUUCUCCUAUUGGCUAUCGCUUAACUACCUAACCAAUCAAAAACUUCAAUAUUAUGAUCGUAAUGCCUGGUACACACGUAUACAAAGUACAGGAUACUAUGAAACUAUGCACCACAGUUUAGGGGUAUAUACUCUAAGCGUUGGUAGUCGUUGAAAAUCUAUGUUAUCGGAUCAAUUGAAAGUGACGCGAAGUUACUAAGUAGUUUAAACGUUCAUUAUGAGUCAACGAAAAAGAAAUAAUUCGUGAACGUUUAACGAAUAAACCCAUUAGACACUUAUUAAUUCUGACAUACACUAUUAAUUAUCUACGCACUUACUUAUAACACGUAAACGCGCGUUUUUAAUGUAGCAAAAUAUAUUUAUGGCAAACGUAUUCCAGUUGGCCCUUUCAAUUGGAGAAAAUACCGAAAAACAUAUGCGUCGAAAGGAAACUGAGCACGUGUGGUCCGCGACUCGACCGUACUCCUGGUCCUUUGUCCGAAUUUACAGACGAAGAACUUUUAAUGAAAGAAAGUGUUAGUAAAUUGGCGAAAGAGGAGAUUGCUCCACUCGUACGAAAAAUGGAAAAAGAAGGAAAAAUAGACGAAGGUUUGCUACGAAAGCUUUUCGAAAAUGGUUUGAUGGGCAUCGAAAUACCAGAAAAAUACGGCGGUUCGGGAUGCAAUUUCAUGACAACGAUUUUGACGGUCGAAGAAGUGGCAAAAGUUGAUGGAGCCGUAUCAGCUUUGGUCGACAUUCAUAACACUUUGGUAAACUCGUUAAUCAAGAAAGUCGCUACCGAAGAACAGAAAGAAAAAUAUUUGCCUAAAUUGGCUCAAGAUUAUGCAGGUAGUUUUUGUCUCACGGAACCCGGUUCCGGAUCAGACGCUUUUUCUCUAAAGACUGAAGCUAAAAAAGAAGGAUCUCACUAUGUGAUAAAUGGUACCAAAAUGUGGAUUUCGAAUUCCGACAUCGCAGGAUUGUUUUUAGUUUUUGCAAAUGCAAAUCCUUCUGCUGGAUAUCGUGGCAUUACGACAUUUUUCGUAGAACGAGAUACACCAGGAUUAACGGUAGCUAAACCUGAGGAUAAAUUAGGAAUAAAAGCAUCGGGCACGUGUAUGAUUCACUUCGAGAACGUUAAGAUUCCCGAAGAUAAUAUUUUAGGACAGUUUGGUCAUGGAUACAAAUAUGCCGCCGGAUUCUUGAACGAAGGUCGAAUCGGUAUCGGAGCUCAAAUGAUCGGUAUAGCACAAGGUUGCUUGGAUGCUACUAUACCCUAUACACUGGAAAGAAAGCAAUUUGGAAAGGAUAUAUUUUCGUUUCAAUCGAUGCAACACCAAAUUGCCCAAGUGGUUACCGAGCUCGAGUGCGCUAGAUUAUUGGUUUACAAUGCAGCCAGAUUAGUCGAUGCUGAAAAAGAUGUAAUGAAGGAGGCAGCUAUGGCAAAACUUGUAGCUUCGGAAACUGCUUUACGCGUCACUGCAAAAUGCAUCGACUUUAUGGGUGGAGUGGGAUUUACGACCGACUUUCCGCAAGAAAAGUAUUUUAGAGAUUCCAAAAUCGGCACAAUCUACGAAGGGACCAGUAACAUGCAGUUAUCGACCAUAGCAAAAUGCAUUCGCAAAGAAUAUUCCUGAAUAUAUCGUUAUCAUCAAAAUACGUUCGUCUUUUAACGGUUCAAAUGUUUUUUUCUCUCUGUUUUUUUUUUUAUUUCUGUUUUUGUUUGAAUAAUAAUCCUAUUUUUUUCUA